UAUGUAAAGAAGCGAAUCCCAGUCAUCUAUGAGCAUCAGGUGGAUCUGAAGCCAAUUGAUGUGGCUAUUGAUGAGAUAAAGGAGAAGACAGCAGAUUUGCAGAAGAUAUGCUCUACAGCUGAUGUGGAUAUGAUUCAGUUGCAGUUAAAGUUACAGGGUUGUGUAUCUGUGCAGGUCAAUGCCGGUCCUUUAGCCUAUGCCAGGGCAUUCCUUGAUGACAGCCGGUCCAGUAAAUAUCCCAGCAAAAAGGUCAAAGAGCUGAAAGACAUAUUUAAGCAGUUUAUACAAGCAUGUGGCACGGCAUUAGAUUUGAAUGAACAGCUCAUUAAAGAGGAUCAGUUUGAAUAUCAUGAAGGAUUAAAGACAAACUUU